AUGCACGAGGUUUUUGUCGCUGACUGUGUAUUCGACAAAUUCCACCUCGACAGAGUGGAGAACGACACAGGGGAAGAUGGAGAAGACUCCGGAGGUGAGGCGAGACUGAGGGAAACGGACGGUGACAAAGGGGAACCGAUGGACGCGGAGAACAGCGACAGCUGCCUGCGGGCUGAAGACUGCAUGCAUCCGGCCACCAACCUCCUUUCGUCUGCGGUCCAGGCCUUCUGGCUCGGCAUCGCCAGGGAGGUUGCCCCACAUGCAAUCCCUCCUUCCCUGCUGCCGCUGUGUUUGCGAUUACCAUCUGCCUAUCUCUCCUUUUCGUCUUCUGCCUCCAAAAAGUAUCGCGGACGAGCCACAAACGCCCUUCCGUUCUCUCUCGUCGACCAGAAAAAGAAACUGAGCCGGAGGCUGUCGCGGAUAUCCUUUCGAUCUCUUCUCCCAGUGCCUGCUCACCUCAAGGAGUACCCCCCAGCAGAGCUACACCUCGCACCGUGUGUCCGAGGUUCUCUUGCAUCACGUUUUGCUUCCAAAGAUCGAGCUGCGAAAUGCACAGCUCGAGAUCAAGGAUAUCACCUUCCUUCGUCCGACUCCUCGUCUGCUUCCUCGUCGGUGUCGUUUCCGACUUCCACUUCCUCUCUCUUCUCCAACGCCUCGUCUCCUGUGGUUUUGCCUUCUUCUUCUAGGCCUUUCACGACAACCGCGGGGCAUUCUCACCGUCCAUCUGCACAGACAGCAGAAUCUGCAGCUCUUCUUGCUUCUCCUGGCCGGCCGCUAGAAAUCGAGAACAAAGGAACCGUCCAGCCACCGGCGCUUCACUCGGAGUCGGAGACCUUGCAUGGAGAAGGGCGGACCGAGAGAGAGAUCCGGAUACGGGAAGGAGACAGAAUGGCGGGGCAUGAAUCCGGUCGGAAGGACAGAGGCACGAAAGGCAAAAGCGAAGGCGAAAACGGCGAAGACGGACCGCAGACGCAUGGACAAGGGAGCCUUGAGGUGCGCGACGCUCCCGCACGUUUCGACCUUGACACACAGACGGAGAAGGAAGCAGCGUGCGCAGGAAGAGGUCAGAGAGGAGACGGAGAGAGGGGAACAGACAGAGAAAAGGAAAACAAAGAGAAGCCAGGAGCGACAGAUCAAGACCAGCAGAGAGAGGACGAGGUAGGUGACGAACGGAGACGCAGGAGAGGAGAGAGAGAAGACCACGUGCGGCCGAGGGCCGCUCACCAAGGAGAAGAAAGAGACUCUAGUGGAGACAGGAAACGGCUUCACUGGUCAUCACCGGUUGCAGGUACGGAUCUCGAAAACCUGCCGGGGAAGCCGUCUGAGCUUUCCUCCUGCAGUACCGAAGCGCUUCAUCUUUCCUCGUUGGUGGGCACUUGCGAGCACGAAGCACAGAGCGAAAACGAGGAGAGCCGGAAACCUGGCUCCACGCAUUCUUUUGCCUCUCUUGUUCCUUUCGCUUCGUCGCGUUUCCCCUCGUCUCCGCCUCGAGCUUUGCCCGCCUCCGAUGCUGCUCGCGCGUGUGCAGAGUCGCCGUUGUCGUCUCGUCGCGCGUCUUCCUGUCUUUCCUCUUCCUCCCGUUCUGCUGCCUCAUCGUCCUCGUUCAUGUCGUUUGCUCCUUUGGAUCUUUCCGGUGCCUCGCCAGCCUUGCCGUCAAGUGGACAGAGUCCUCGAGCUACAGCUGUGCCUUCCGGAUCCCCUGCUGCGCUGGGCGAGGCAGCGGCGGACCUCGCGCUGAUUCCAGGCGACCACUCCCCCAGGCCUGCUACGAGGGGAAGCGGCGACUCAUGGAGGCUCUGUUCUUCCGCGCCACACUGUGCUGAGAACCGAAACAGCCUCCAGACAGGUCUCUCCCGAGAAACCGCCACAACCAAGAUGGAUACAAAAGAAGAGACAACACAGCUCGUGUGUCCAUCGUCGUCGUGUCAGGAGACGCACGACCAGGGAGACGCCAAUUUUGCAGAGCCAGAGAGAACCGAGAGGGAUCUUCAGAAGCAGGCUUCGCAGCCCUCUCCUUUAGCGGAUUUCCUUCGACUUUCGACAGCAGACUGCGGAGUGCACUGCUUCAGCUAUUACCUCCGUGGCGGCGUCUCUGCGAGCUUGCCCCUCAUGUUGGGCGUGCGCGAGCGGCUGUGGUGUGCGGACGCGUGUGUCUCUCCCGUUUAUAAGCCGCCUGCUGCGGCGGCCGCCGCGCCACCGCAAACAGGCGGGAGAGAGGCUCCUGCCACAGACUGUCGCGGUGAGGCUGCACUGGGGCUUAACGGAGACAGUUGCGUUCCGUCUCCGGAGACAGGCGCCGAUCCCGACCUACUGGGAGGCGACCAUCACCGCGUUCUCGAGCCGUCCCGAGGCGGUUUCGACGAGCCGUCUCGCACGAGGGAGAGAAGUGCUCAACGGGACGCGGGACCGGCAGACGGCUCGAGGACGCAGUCUUCUUCGCCUUCGCAACCUGCCGCCUUUUCGUCUUUGCGCACAGUGCCUCCUUGCCUUCCUCUAGGUGGCCCCCCGUCACAAAUCAAGCAUGAAGACGACUCUGAGCCUGGAGCGAAGACUGCCGGUGUGCGGCCUCCGGAGCGCGGUAAAGCCGAUUGUGGGUUGGUCCGUUUCGCGCCUUUCCAGAAGGAACAAACGGAAGGGCGUUUUUGUUCGCCCCCGCCUUGCGCACUCGCGCCUGCUCAGUUUGAGUGUAUACAGGCCGACCACCCGACGAUAGGAUACGAAGGAGAGAGGAAGAGACCGGUGGAAGGAGCGCACAGCGAACGCGCAGACGCCCCCGCGCAAAGACUGCGGGCUCCUGAACAGGUGCGUUGCCUCGUGGGCGACACAGAGCACGCGUCGGACCCCAUGGCGCCUGCGGAUGUGAAGACGGGAGGAGACGAUGGCCAUGCCUCUGGGCACUUUUCACCCUCUCGGAAUGGUGCUUCCUCUGUUGUCUCCUCCGGUGCCCCGGCUUCUUCGGUUGCACAACCACUUCCGUCUUCAGCCUCUUUUUCCACGUCUGCAAUUGCCUCCUCUGCAACUUGCCCUCUUCCUCCCUAUUUUCCGCCUGCCUCGUCGUCCGACACGUCCCCCCUUUUGAAUUAUGUCUCCCCUAUCGCGCCUGCGUCCACGCGUCUUCCGCCUUCUCACACUUCCUUCCUGCCGCCAUCCUCUCCUUUCUCUCUCAGGCCUCCUACCCCUUCCGCUGUCCACUCUUCCUCUGUCCCUCCUCCCCCUGUCUACCCUUCUUCCUUUCUCCCGGCAUCCUCUGCGCCGCACUCUUCUUGCUGUUCUUCCACCUCUUCUGGCUCUUCCUUGUCGCGCGCCUCCUCCUCGCAGCUGCCUUCAAGGGAGGCUGCCCUAGCCGAGAGGUUAGGGAGCGUGGCGGGCACGCGGCGCCUCUUUGAUCUCGCGACGACGCACUCCCAGGCGGGGCGCGCGCAUGCGAAGAAGCCGUCUUUGGGGAAGCGGGCGCGCGGGUGCGUCGAUCGAGCGAGAUGCCUUGAGGACAGGAAACUGAGGCACGAAGAAAUGAAGAGGCAGGAGCGGAGACGCAGACGCCAAAAACGCGAAAGAUCCACAUCGGCCUUCCGCUGCCAUACGUACUUGGGCGACGAGCUCCGCCGCAACUGCCGCGCGCUUCUCCGGCGGCGGCUCAUCGACGAAUUCUUUGCCCGGAUCGAACGCGAACGCGAACGGGCGUUUUCGCGUUUCGCGAUCGCCUCUGGAAUUGCGCAAAAUAGAAGAGUCGACCGAGAGAAGGCACGCAGUCCCUCAAUCCGCAACGGCCGCAACGGCGUUUCCUGUCCUUCGCGUUCCUGUUCCACUCGACACUCCGCUUGUCGUGCCUCUCUUUCGACAAGCUGGAGCCAAACAGCCUCUGAGCCUCAAUCCUGCGGCGCGUCCUCGCCCUCGCCACCGACGCAGACAAACCUACGAAAGUCGACAGCACAGAAAAACGAGGAGAGCGUGGUGCUCUGCACAUGCCACGAGGAAGAGGAUGGGACGCCUCCUCUAAGGGCGGAAACGGAUCCAGCCUUCGUCUCGAGGCAGCGCCGCGCAGACGCCGACAAGAAGUGGGCGGCAGACGUGGCGGAAACUGAGAGCGACAGCGAGCGCCGCGCCGCGGGGCGCUCUUGGGGCUCGGGCGGCGAAAGGAGAAUGAACGCGCCGGCGGAGAGAGAGAACCUCGAACAGAUGCUCACCGGAAAGAGGCCUCAGGCUCAGCCGGAGGCUGCAGCCAGAUCAGCAGAGAAGGCCACGGUCGGGCAGGAAAGGAGAGACAGGUGCCCUCAGGGGUUUACGAAAAAUCGCGCAGCCCACGGGGUCUCGGCGCCGCCGCGGAUUCGCCUCUGUGACUACUGGCUGAGUUUUGACUGGUCCCUCGCGCCGACGACUCUGGGGAAAGGAGACGACAAAGAGACGAAACGUGCAACCGCUCAGGUCAGAGAAACGUCUCCGGGUGUACGGAGAGAGAAGAGACAACGCGACGAAGAGAGCGGGUUAAGGGCGAGGCUGGUUAAAUGUAAACGGAGAGUUCCUAUAGGGGCCAGCGAACGAUCGGAAGAUGACGGGUCGACGAAGGGAGACCAGGGAGACAGCAGCGGGGAGGAACCGGAUACCGAGGCGAAAGACCGAGGACCGGAAGAAGAGUUUCAGGGAGAGGAGAGAAGAGAUGGGAAAAGGAGCGCAUAUUGUGUGGCUGUGAGGCAGAAGGUCGGAGCUCUUGGCUGGAGUAGAAAGACCGUGGAGGCGGACGAGGGAGAGAAGGACAGGCGAGAAACAGAAGCAAGGCUGGACUUUGAAGAGGCCGGGAAAACGGAAGAAGGUGAACAACACACGAGGAGGGAGACACAUCACACCGACCUAGACACCUGUCCCCAAAGGGGAGACGGGGAAGUCGACAGACCACCUGCGGGAGAAAGGAACUUAGGAGAGGCGCACACACUUUGCAGCAGAGAGAAGACAGAACUCUCGGUACAGCGACAGGGAGACAAUGGAGAAGGUGGGGAAACCGAGGAAAAAAAAGAGGAAGGAAAGGAGACGAAAAAGCGCCGUGGUGCUUCGCCGGAAAACCCAAGAGCCUUGCUGAGCAUGGCAACUCCUCGUCCGCCACCAGAACGAAGAAUGGCAGCCUCCCAGCAAGGGGGACAAGGGGAUACCGACUGGGAAGCAGUCGAGAGUGAGCGAGAAGAAACGGAAUGUGAAAACAGAGACAAAGAAGGCGGAUGGGAAACCGAAGGCCGCCAGAUCAAGACCGCCGAAGGCCGAGGGCAACAUGGGACAGAAGGCCAAGCACCGAAGCCUAGCGAAGAGGAGCAAUGCAUCAGGCGGGUUACGUUAUUGGAGGAAGCGGGACGAGGACGAACAGCAGACAGAGGAGAAGAGAGAGAUCCAGACCAGGAAGAGAACACAGCCCCUCCGCAAACUCGGCUUCGUUCUGCUGACGAGUCAGUACUGACAUCUCCGAAAGAUCGAGCAAAAAGGAGAAAGCUGGGGCCCAAUUUCAUCGAGGGAAGGAAGAACGAGAAAGAGAGAUUGGGAGACGGGCAUGGCCGUUUCGGCCUCGACCGGACACAGGGAGAGGGCGGCGUUUGUGUUUCCCGCCGUGACCGGGAUCAGCUGGAAUGUGAAGAAGCCGAGAGAAAGAAGCGUGGAGACAGCCCUCGACUUCUGGAAAAAGAGGAGGAAACUCGAAUCGAAAUUCCGACUUGGGACAGGACCGAGGCCCUCGCAAGGCCAGGCGAAGACCCGGCGGUAGGAAACGUCUCUAGCGGGAGCAGAGCAGCCUUGAAAACAGAAGAAAGUGUAGAGAUGAAUAUUGAAGCAGGGGAGCUAGAGCGAGGCUUCGAUACGAAAGCGGAAGAAGGAAUGCCGUUGCCGAGUCGGUCUCAGCGCGGCUCAGAGAACGGCUUUCUCCCGACUGCCGCCUGUUCUCGAGAUUCUCUCCCUUUCUCGCACAUGGCGUCUUCGGCCCUCGACUGCUUCUUCUCUUUCUUCUCUCUCGCUCCCGACAUCGGUUGUCUGUCUGGUUCCCCAGAAGAGGGCGCAGGACGCCGCAGAGACAAAGCAGCCGGUUUUUCAGACGCGCGGGGGACGGGACUCCGGCGCCCGUCCUGGUGUUCGGCCCUGCAGUCUGCGUCUUCUUCCUCACUGCCUUCUUCCUUGUCUCUCCCCUGUUGCAGCGGCUCUGCGCCGUUGCCAGAGGAGACGAUGCCAGCCUCACUCUCCCACAAAGAGGAAGACGCGCUCGAGGCGAGAGAGGAGAGGAGGCAGCAGGGAGAAGCGCACCGUGCUGCGAUUCCCGAGCGCGGAGGUCGACGGAGCGACACGGGCAAAAGGGAGUUGACGGAGAGUCUGCGCAGUGGAGAGGAUGAGGCAUCCACAGAAGAAGGCGGAAGGCCGGGACGCGAGGAGGGAGAGCGAAAGAACCGAGACCGAGAAUCAAAGACGGACCCCUGGGGAACAACGGAAGGCCAUGCGUCUGAGCGACGGUCUCGGGAAGGCUUUACGAGCUCGGGACAAGGGAGCGAGGGGUGGACCGAAGGAUCUUGGAAAGCAGCAGCGGAGGGUUGUGAAAUGCGCCAGGAGGGGAGAACCCACAAUGGAGACGAAAGAGCGCGAGAGACAAGGCAAGAUCAAGAAGGAAAGGGAAGGCGACGAAUCGUGUGCGCGAGCGGAAGCAGCGACGAAGCAAGGCAUACCGAAAGAGACGUUGGAACUAGCCUCGUUGAUAGCGCAAUCCGUCAGUCACUUUUGUGGGGUGUCCUGUUCGCUUCUGGGUUCGAAGAGCGGCGGGCUGCAGAAGAAAAGAAAAGAUUCACGGCGGCGCGUUUCGCCGGGCCAGAAGGCGCACUCGUGCGUCUCGAUCGGCGAUGUCCUCGUUUGGUUUCCUUCGCUUACAAAGCCGCCGAAACGCGUCGGAGGAGAGUUCGGAACCUCCUCGACAGGGGCGUGCAGGUGCUGGAACGCGAGAUGGAUCACCUGUAUGACGCGACAAGCCCUAGGGUCAGAGACAGUGAAGCAGAAAAGGAAACGACCAGAGAGGCAGAAAAAAGAGUGAACCGAAACCAGAAAGAGGGAGAAGAAGGAAACGAACACAGGGAACGCGCAGACGCGGAAGACAGAGGCGUGUCGACGGAGAGAAACAUAGAGGAGCACGAACAGCCGGAAAGCGAGGCAGGAGAAGGGACACGGGCGCAAGAUGCUUCAUUGCCAGGUGGCCAGGCCAGAAACGGGGAGUCUCCCGUGGAAAUGCCCAAGAUCUGCGCUCGUUUCGAAAAUGGUCUCCACCCCCCUCGGGCGAGCGAUGUGCCGCGGGAGGGGACAGGCACCGAGUGCGAGCCUGAAAGCAGACGCCAUCGCGGAUUCCUCCAGUUGGAGGAAGGAGACGAUCGACGAGAACAGGACGGGGAAGAAGGCGCGAAGGGCGAGAGGAGUGCCCGGGGCGGCCGGCACGCGGGAAGGUUGAGAGAGCAAAGGCCGGAAGACAGCAACGGUUGCGGAAUCGGAGACGGAGACACCUGUGGAGAAGGCGGAGCCGAGAAUCACAAACAACAAGAGACACAAGACGACGGGGGAGACGAACAGCGCACACGCCAAAUAGGGGAGUUCGAGGAAGGCACAGCCAGAUUCCUCCCAGCUUUCGAGGCCUCGGAGAGUCGCCACACGCCCAGCGAAUCUUCCGGCCAGGCGGUGUCGACCGGCAGCACGGUGACUGGACGGCAGCGCUGUGGGUCAGAAGAAGAGAACGAAGACAACACUCUGGGGGGGCGCUCGUCCCCCGCAAAUUCCCGCUCUUCGCCUUCUGUGACCUACCGCUUUCCCAGCUUAGAAACGGCUGUCGGGAUGGCUGCCGAGGCUGCUUCCGGUGAAAAAAAGGAGACAGGACACACGCGCGCGCUGACCGCCGAGAGCAAAGCACUGCGAACAGGGGUCGAAGGAGACGGCUCUUUCUUUGAAUCCGACGCCAUGGACGAACGACCGAAUCUGAAAAAGCUCCUCCCGGAGGAACCUUACUCAGGCGGCGCUCUCGAUCGGCGCCUUCUCAAUUUCCCCGGAAAAUUUCGCACUCUUCGAGACCAGGGAAUGGCAGAAGAGGAAGAAGAUGGCGACGAAUAUGAAGAGGAAGAUGACGAAGAGGAAGACGAGGACGGUGAUGAAGAGGAAGACGAGGACGAUGAUGAAGAGGAAGAUGACGAAGAGGAUGGUGAUGAGGAGGAAGACGAGGACGAAGAAGAGGGAGAGCAGAGAGGAGAUAGAGGCCAACCGGGUGACGGGAUGUCGAUGUUUGAACAGCUUUCGCUAUUGCACGGGGUGGACGAGAGCGCAGAUGGAACGGUUUUCAACGCAAUGAGUUGGAUGUGUAAGACGAGGAGUCUUCAUUCCUCGUCCCUCUCCUCUUCUCUUUCGCCUUCUGGUCCGUCCGUCUCGCCUCUAGUGCCGGCUGCAGACAGCCGCUCUGGCUCGUUGAGUCGUCAAAGCACCAUGGCAGACGCGGCUCCGGUCCCUGGACCGCCGAAGGGCCUUGAAACCCCAAACCCGCCUCCGACCGCGGUCGCGGAGACAGACACGUCUCUGUCGCAGCUAGCCACGCAGGAAGGAGACCCCAGCAUCGGCGCCAGCAUCGGGAGUCUCCUUCCGUCGGAAUUCUCGGCUGGUUCGUCAGCCUUUUCCCACGCUUCCUGUCUCCCGUCGUCCUUUCUCUCCGUGUGCCCGCCGCCGUCUCGCGUCUCUUUCUCGGCGUCCGCUGCUUCGGUCUCGCCUACGGCUUUGGGGCUGCUGCCGGGUCUUCCAGCGCCUUGGCAGCGUGAAGGGAAGGGAGAGUCUGGCGGACCGCCCGCCUGUCCAGAAGCAGAUGGAGACGAUCCAGAGGAGACAGAGGAGGCAGGAGAGAGCGCGACAGUGCGGCCUCACUGUCAGUCGUUUCCGGUCCACACGGGCGACCCCCGGAUGCAGUUCUUCCUGGCCUCUGGCGCCUCGCUCGAACGCACCGCCCCCACCACGUGUGCCGGAGAAACGGGGAUCGUUGCGCAGCGUCAUAGAGAAGACUCUGCGAAAAGGGGGGAAGCAGGAGGCGUGGACGCGGCUGAGGAAAUCGAAAGAGUGGACGAGAGCGACGAAUCCGCUGUCGACAGGGGGGCUGAAGGACCGCAGAGUCUCAAGGACGGCAGCGAAAAAGAACGGGCUUUGGACAGGAGAGAAGGCGACGCGGCGGAAAGGGAACCAGGGAGAGAAGGGCGGGACGUUCGCGAAGAGUGGAUUGCCCAGCUGCUCGAAACGUAUGGGGACGGAACAGCCGGGACGCCGCCCCUCACAAAUGCCUCUCGCUCUUCUUCCUUCCCUCCCACGUCGGGUUUUCCUUCUUCGGCAUCGAUCGCAGCGGCGUUCCCAGGCCAAACUUUACCGAUUCUUCCGGCGCCUUCAAACGCCGAGGGCACUGAGGCCGCAGACCCAGCAGCCUGGAGAGACAGCAGCACGGAUUCCACAUGGCUUCCCCUCCACACCGGCGCGCUCCCCUCCUCGGCUCCCGGCCUUUCUUUGUCCCCUUCAUCCUCUUCCUCGGCGGCAGCUGACUCGUUUUUAAAGUCCUCUCCGCAGCCUAGCGCUGAUUCUGCGCACCUUCGGGACCGGAGCAUUGGCUCUGAGGACAGCGGCGCGAGGGAGCCGGCGGAGGGAGAGAGAGACUGUCUCUCGCAAGACAAAGCUCGAGGUGCGCAGGAGAGUUUCUCGCUCGGCGAACACGGCGCUCUCGGCGAAGGACCCCACGUCUCCCCAGAAGAAAGUGCCUGCCUGGCGGAAGGAAGCGGAGUUGCGCUCAGCGCCUCGUGCGCGAGCGAAGGCCGAAGUUUUUGCACCGUAGCGCAUGCGUCUGUCGAGCCAGAGGACGCUUUGCAGUCUCCUUGCCGGGAUCCGGAGGCGCCGGAAAGGCCCUACACUGAGUCGUGCGGUGAAGACGUCGGCCUGGCGCAGGCGCCGCUGAUGCGGAGCGGCGAAAGCGGAGAAACAGAGAUGCGAAUCGGAGAAGAGGAAGCGAUCUGGGAGGCCAAAGAAGCGGGGGAAGGCACAGCAGAGCCGCAAAGGGAUGACGCAGGCGAAGAAGGAGAAGCCGCUCCAGGAGGAAGCUUCGCGAAAGUCUGGCAAGACUGGACGGUCACGAGUCGACUCGUGUUUGGAGCGCGCCGCCUCGCGGUGUAUCGACAGCGCGUCAUUUCGGCGACUCUCGCUUCCGAGGUCUCGCUUUCUGACGCGAGCAAAGCGGGCGGCGACGCGCGAGGAAAUGCGUCUUCUUCGGGACACGCCAGCGCGGAGCAAGAACAGGACGCGCAGAGCGCCCCACUGCGAGGCGCAGCGGCGGAGGAGAGACCAGACAGCCAUCGAGGCGCAGAAAGCACAGAAAAGGACAGCAGCCGCGGCUGGUGUGGACCCGCGAAAGAAGGGAGCCAGGGCGAGCAUCGGGAGGCAGAGGGCGAAGCGGACGCCCGGCAGAGAGAGGAAGGUGUGAAGCGAGCGGUCAUUUCGUACCGAGCCUUCAAGAGGCUGAGAGAGAAGGUGCCGGCUUCCUUCGCGUCCUUCUUCACUCCGGCGACGUACGCCCAUCUCCUGCGCGAUCUCGGCGGGCACACGGACUGUCAGUUGCUGGUUCGGACGCUCCUAAACGCAUCCUUCAAUCGCUUUGUGAGGCACGAGUGCGAGGCGUUCGUGGAUCCAACCACCAGACGACUCACGAAGGCUAAUUUCAAACGAAUGCUGGAGGCGUGGAGCGACGACCCUACGCGCAUCGCCCUCGCCGCGCUCAAGCAGCAAGACGCAGAAUCGCAGCCUGGUCUCUUUGAGUUCUUCACUUCCUACAUCGCAGGCCUUUCUCCGGCGUCCGAUUUCAAUUCCUCCUUUCAGGUAGAGAGACUGUUCUUCAUGCUCGAUCCAGACGAGACAGGCUGUAUCAAGGUAGCGGAGCUUCUCAGUCUCCCGGAAUUCGAAAAAUUCAUGGAUAUCGUCUACAGGCCGUUGGGCACGGAGUUUGCAGAUUGCGCGCAGCAGCUGCAGCCGCAGUUCGCCUUCGACAUUUUCUGCUUUCUCCGGGAAGAAAACUGCGUCCUUUCAGCAGGAGUUCUCGCUUCCCUGUGCGACGCCCUGAGGGUGCACAUUUGCUCGCAAACCUAUCACGUCUCUCCAAUCGUCCUCAGUCGCCUGUUUGCCUCUUCGAAGAUUCGGACGCGGUACCACGCCCUGGCGCCUUCUUCGUCUCAGGAAUCUGAAUCGAGUGUUUCCCCGGAGACAACUGUGUCUCCUGCGUCUUCGCCUUGCGAGACGAGCACGAAGAGCUGCAGCGAGAGAGCGCCGGACAACGCGCGAGACAAGGCGAGCGGCCGAGAGACGACGAAGAGCGUUGUGCCAGAUUCGGAAGCACAGAUUCCAGAGAGGCAACAGGGACAGUCGGCGUCAGCAGACGGCGCAGCUUCGCCCCGGCCGGCGACUUCCCCUGCGCUCUCUGCCGCCGAGUCGCGAACAGCGGGAGAGACGCAGUCUGAAGCGGACCAGAGAAGUCAAGCCCAGCGGGAGGAGACGGGAGAGAGAGACGCGCACGUGAAUGGAGACCAAACGCGCCCCGUUGUGCCUGUCUUGGAGCGAGAGGAACUGUUCCGUUUUCUGUUCACUUUGGAGUUUUGCUCCUGCGUCUGGGCUGAGGACGCGGCGAACAUUCGCGCUCUGCCGCCUUCGGCAAUUUGCUUGGAGCUGAGAACCACCGGUCUCUUCCCCUUCGUCGACGAACUUCCGGAAGGCUCCGUGGAGCUGGAACUUCUGGACCGUCUCCAACCUGCUGGCAAAUCCUUUGUGACAAGAGAGGAAUUCUUGCAAAACCAUACCGAGGCGAGAGUCUUCGCCAUGUACCUCCUCUCGCCAACUUUCUUCUCGCUCUUUGAGCAGCGCGAACGGAUUCCUGGGGCGCCGCUCCUUCCUGGCCGGUCUGCUUCCCCGCUCUAG